AGAAGAUGCAAGAUGGCCGCGCGCAUCACAGUCGUGAAAUAUGUUCACUGUGCACUUCUAACUACAAAAUUGAGCUGUUUGUCUUCGGGAAUAAGAAGAUGCUCUGCUCUGUCAUGCUCAGUAUCUCGUAGGGAAUUCACAUCUAAAAGAGUACGGCGGAAGUUUAUCGACUUUUUCAGGGAAGGUUAUGGACAUCGGGUGGUUCCGUCUUCCUCCGUACGCCCGAGAGGAGACCCCAGUCUGCUAUUCGUCAAUGCAGGAAUGAACCAGUUUAAGCCGAUUCUGCUGGGCUGUGCUGACCCUCGCAGUGAGAUGGUCUCGUACCGGCGGGUGGUAAACAGUCAGAAGUGUGUCCGUGCUGGAGGCAAACACAAUGACCUACAGGAUGUGGGGAAGGACGUUUACCAUCAUACCUUCUUCGAGAUGCUGGGGAACUGGUCAUUCGGGGACUACUUCAAGGUGGAAGCUUGUGCAAUGGCCUGGCGUCUUUUAACGGAAGAGUAUGGCAUUCCUGCGCAGCGCCUGUAUGUCUCGUACUUUUCUGGAGAUCCAGCUAAUGGUCUACCUGCUGAUGAGGAGACACGGGACAUCUGGCUUAGCAUGGGACUGAGAGCGGAUCAUGUGUUGCCAUUUGGGAUGAAGGAUAACUUCUGGGAAAUGGGAGAGACGGGCCCAUGUGGCCCCUGCACAGAGAUUCACUACGAUCACAUUGGCAACAGGAACGCUGCCUCACUGGUCAAUGCAGACAGUCCAGAUGUAGUGGAAAUCUGGAACCUGGUAUUCAUGCAAUAUAACAGGGAGAGCAAUGGUAGUCUGCGAGCUCUUCCCCAGUGCAGUGUGGAUACUGGCAUGGGUUUAGAGAGGCUGGUGACGGUGCUGCAAGGCAAACGCUCCAACUACGACACAGAUCUCUUCACACCUCUAUUAUCUGCCAUCCACCAGUGCUCUAAGGCUCCCGCAUAUCAGGGCAGAACCGGAGCGGCUGAUGUGGCUCAGCUGGACAUGGCCUAUCGGGUCGUGGCGGAUCACAUCCGAACAAUCUGUGUGUGUAUCGCUGACGGAGUUUACCCAGGCAUGGCAGGCGCUGAGCUGGUGUUAAGACGCAUCUUAAGACGUGCGGUUAGGUUUUCUACAGAGGUGCUGCAGGCUCCUGAGGGUGCACUGGCAAGUCUGGUGCCCACUGUAGCUAAUCUACUGGGUGAUGCCUAUCCUGAGCUGAACACAGAGUCUGAUAGAAUCAUGGAUCUCAUUAAUCAGAAUGAAGCCCACUUCCUGUCCUCGCUGAAACAGGGUAGGAGGGUGAUUGACAGGACUCUCAGCAACAUGGACGAAAACUCUUCUUUUUUUCCAGCCUCUGUUGCCUGGUCCUUAUAUCGUAACCUGGGCUUUCCUCUGGAUCUCAUUGACCUUAUGCUAGAGGAAAAAGGCAAGAUUGUUGAUAAAAAGGAAAUGAAGGUGCUGGAAGAUGAAUAUGAGAAGUUGGGUCUUCAGUCAGAGGAGGAUGAAGGUGAAAAGCUGGACCAGCUGGACCUUCAUAGCCUGGCAGAGCUACAACGGCAAAGAGUUCCUCACACAGACGACUCUCCAAAAUACUGUUACAGUGUGGGGUCCGAUGGACAAUACGUGUUUGAGCCCUGCAAAGCGUCUGUCCUGGCACUUUACUGUGAUGGGGCACUGGUUUCAGAGGUGCGUCAGGGUCAGCACUGCGCUGUGAUCCUGGACCAGACCAGCUUUUAUGCAGAGCAGGGCGGACAGGCCAAUGACCAGGGUUACUUCACCAAGGAUGGGCUGCAGGAUGUGUUGUUCCCUGUAAAGUGUGUCCGUCUCGCUGGGGGUUAUGUGGUACACAAAGUCACAGCAGCAGAGACUUUGAGAACUGGAGAUCAAGUGCAUCUUCACGUGGAUGAGGCUUGGCGGCUGGGCUGCAUGAUAAAUCACACCGCCACCCAUGUGCUGAACUUUGCUCUGCGAGAGUUGCUAGGUCCCGUUGUCAGCCAACGAGGGUCUCAUUGCAGUGCGAAUCGUCUACGCUUCGACUUCAGUGUCAAGGGCUCCCUGACAGUCUCUGAGCUGCAGAAAGUUGAGGAGCUGGUGCUCAAUAUCAUUCGUCAAAAUGCAGAUGUGCACGUAGAGGAGGUUCCUCUGUCGAGUGCUAAACAAAUUGCUGGCCUGAGGACUGUAGAUGAGCUCUAUCCAGACCCAGUGCGAGUGGUGUCUGUGGCUGUGCCUGUUUCGGAUCUGCUUGCUUCAGAAAGAGCUGAGCAAACUUCAGUUGAGCUCUGCUGUGGCACGCAUUUACUGAGGACGGGAGCAAUUAGGGACUUUGUUGUUGUAUCUGAGCGACAGAUGAUGAAAGGCGUUUGCCGUAUUGUUGCCUUUACUGGAGAUGACGCCAUAAAGGCUAGAGAGGCAGGCCAAGCCUUGCAGGAGGAGUUGGAGUCUCUGGAGGCCCGGAUGGGAUUGUCUAACACAUUGUCUAUUCAUGAAGCAAAGCGGCUUUCCAAAGAGGUUGGCCACCAAAUCAAUGCAGUUGAUAUCACACCUAUGCCACAAUGGAAGAGACUAGAGUUGCAGACUCGUCUGAAAGCGGUGCUGAAGAGCAGCAAUAACUCCAUUCGAAAGUUGGAGAUCAAAGAGGCUGCCUUAAAAGCCAAGGAGCUUCUGGACAAGCACUCCAAUAAACCUGUCGUGGUGGAUUUGAUCCAGACUGACUCUAUUUCAGUGCUAAUGAAGACUGUGGUCCAGCUGAGCAAGAGCACUCCAAAGUCCUUGGUCAUGUUGUUCUCUCACUGGGAGUCAUCAGGGAAGCUGCUCUGUGCCUGUCUAGUACCCAAAGGCUCUACUGGUGGCUCGGCGAUCGAAUGGGCUCUUUCUGUGUGUUCACGCUUGGGUGGAAAUGCAGAAGGUGCAAAGGACACCGCUAAAGGUGUGGGGAAUGCAGUCAAAGUUGAGGAUGUUGCAGAGAUCCUGCACUGGGCUGAAGAAUUUGCACACAACAAAAUCAGAAACGUGCCCCGAACUGACUAAUCUUGGGUAAUCAUAGACCAUUUUUACCACAGUGGAUCUAUUUCAUCAAAAAUAUUACAUUUUCUGUGACGCAUCUUCCUUUGUUUUAAAAGGAUAAGGCACAUUUUUGUUUGUUAAAAGCUAAUUUUGAUAUUAAAUAUGAUUAAAUUAUUUAUUCCCAUUUUGCGUUCACUGUAUAAUAGUAAGUCUGGUGUAGAAACGUGUUAUUGAAUUAAAGAUAUGAUCGAGAAUGUUUCAUUUUAAAGUUAAACAUUAAUACAUUAUUGUGUUUUUUUGCCUUUAAUGCAUUUAUUAAAUUGGAUGGUACAAAUAAGACAGCAAAGCGCUGUGUUGAGCGUAGGCAACAGGAUCGACUAAAACCUUUGUAAAAAUUUUAUUUAAAUUGCUUUGUCUGAAAAGUAACUUAAUUACUCAAUAAGUAAUUAAAUUACUUGAUUUAAUACUACUUAAAACAUAUAUUCAUAUAGUGGGUACAGAAAGUAUUCAGACCGUUUAACAUUUUUUACUUGGUGAUAUUGCAACCUUUUGCUAAAAUCAUUUGUUCAUUUUUUUUCCUUAUUAAUGUAGACACAGCACUCCAUACUGACAGAAAAACACAGAAUUGUUGAAAUUUUUUGCAGAUUUGUUAAAAAGAAAAGCUGAAAUGUCUGAAAGUUGUCAGACCCUUUGCUCAGUAUUUAGUAGAAGCAGCCUUUUGAUUUAAUACAGUCAUGAGUGUUUUUGGGAAAGAUGCAACAUGUUUUUCACACUUGGGUUUGAGGAUCCUCUGCCGUUCC